GCCAGAUCUGAGCCGUCUGUGACCUACACCACAGCUCAUGGCAACACCGGAUCCUGCAAGGCUGCGGCUGGACUUUUUUAACUUUUCCUCACAAAAUUUUGGGUCACACUGACGCUAGACUGAAAGUUAUACCCCAUGGCAUGGGGACCAGAGCUCAGCCCCAGGCAACCUCUUGGGCGGAGGGCAUGGGGGAGGGCCCAGCACAGCCUGCCACCUGCCGCCCGCCGUGCCCUGAGCUGUGGAGGGUCCAAAAGGGGCAGCACCGGCCGGAGUAGUGAGGGGCCAGCCCUGGGUCCAGCUCGGCGGGGGCUACGGCACAGAAGACCGCACCCGAGCCCGGGCUGCAGAAGCAGCGGGUCUUCCCAGCAGGCUCCGAGGGUCCUGGGCUCAGGGCACCGCACAGAGCCGGCCUCCGGAGCCAGCAGGGCAGGCGGGCGGGAAGGGAACGUCCCAGUGGUUGUUCCAGGGGUUCCGGGGCCUGAGGGUCUCCGCACCUGCCCAGGGUGUGGAGAGAGCGUGCAGAACCCUCAAAAACACCGAGAGAGAUCCUUAGGGGUACAGGUGUCACCGCAGCGCGAGGGCUCAUGAAACUUUAAUUGCUGGCAAGUGUGCCAUUAAAAUUCAGACGAGAUGCAGCAGGAUAAUCGGGUGGAGAUUUGUUUCCGGCUGCAGUCUGGGCUCCUGCUUCCCUAAUGGACUGUGGUCUGGGGGCUCCCAGGGGGCUGCAGCUGAGGAAAUGAUCCCCCCACCCAGGCACCAGUGAACCUGCCACUGGGGGUGCUGGGCUCUGAGACGUCCUCCUUUCCCCGUGUGGGGAGGGGGCCGGGGAGCAGAACCCACCCCCCCCUUCCAAACCCCACCUAAGGGCAGAGGACUCCUGGGGCCUGAUGCUCGUCGGGGGAAGGGGCCACUCCCAUGCACGCCCCACCCUUCCAGCCAGAAGAGCCAAGGUGGGAGGAUGGGAGGGGGCUGGGGUGUGUGCCACUCACGCACGUGUGCUCUGCACGGUCCCAUGCGUCUGACACCCUGGUGCUGCCCAGCUCAGGGGGAAUCAGAGCCUGCCUGUGCCAUCUGCACGCCCUGGAUGUCAGACCACUGACCAGGUUCACCCUCGCCCCGGUGGGCUGGGCCGGGCACCCCUGCGAGACCGGCUCUGAGCCCGGACCGCAGGGAGCUCAAGGGACGCCCCUGACCCAGGGGAGCCUCAAGCCAGUCAAAGUGGGGCCUCAGGGCAGAGAGCUGGGAGGCCCCGGGAGGGAGGGCAGAAGAGGGGGAGGGAGGGGCGAGGAGGAAGAGGGAGGCCACGCCCCUCGGGAAGAGGGUGAUGCACAGGAGGGAGGGAGGACACAGCCCCGGGCUCUGGAGUCUUCUGGAGAGCUGGCUGCAGCCCCAGCCUUUGCUGGAUCUCAGCCGCCAGGAGCGGCCCCGGUGGCCUAGGACCUGACCACCCGGCUGGGGUGCCAGGCCCCAGGACCAUGAACCAGAGUUCGUGCGGCUCCAGGGAGCUCAACCAGUCCCAGGCGGCCGUGCAUGUCCUCUUCGCCUACACGGGCGGGCUGCUGGUGCUGGGCCUGCUGCUCAACGGCCUGGCGCUCUGGGUGCUGUGCUGCCGCCUGCAGCAGUGGACAGAGACACGCAUCUACAUGGCCAACCUGGCCCUGGCCGACCUCUGCCUGCUCUGCGCCCUGCCCUUCUUCCUGUACUCGCUGAGGGGCACCGGGGACACGCCGCUCUGCCAGCUCUCCCAGGGCACCUACCUGGCCAACAGGUACAUGAGCAUCGGCCUGGUCACGGCCAUCGCCGUGGACCGCUACGUGGCCGUGCGGCACCCGCUGCAGGCGCGCAGGCUCCGCUCCCCGCGCCAGGCCGCGGCCGUGUGCCUGGCGCUCUGGGCGCUGGUGCUCGGCUCCCUGGUGCUGCGCUGGUUCCUGGAGAGGCAGGAGGGCGGCUUCUGCUUCACCAGCCGCUCCCGGAAGAACUCGCACACGCCGGCCUUCUCGCUGGUGGGCUUCUACCUGCCUCUGGCCGUGCUGGGCUUCUGUUCCCUGCAGGUGGUGGCCACCUUGGCCCGGAGGCCAGCCGCGGACGCGGGCCAGGCGGCGACCAGCCGGAAGGCCGCCCGCAUGGUCCUGGCAAACCUGGUGGUGUUCGUGGUCUGCUUCCUGCCUUUUCACGUGGUGCUGACGCUGCGCGUGGCCGUGGGCCUGCCCCCCUGUGUCGGCCAACUCGCCAUGGAAAUCACUGGCAGACUCUCGGAUGCCAACUGCUGCCUGGACGCCGUCUGCUACUACUACAUGGCCAAGGAGUUCCGGGAGGCGUCCGUGCUGCCCGCGGCCUCCAGGGCCAAGGCCCACAAGAGCCAGGACUCUCUGUGCGUGACCCUGGCCUAGGAGGCGAGGCGGUGCUCUCCGCGAGGUGCUGCCUGCUGGGGACCUGUGACCAGCCCUGAGCUCGCCGUGGGCGGGGGGGUGCUGUCAGGAGGCCCAGGUGGGCAGGACAACCAGGCAUGGAGCCUGGGGAGGUGACAGCCCCCCCCACCCCACCCCCCACCCAGUGGAAAAGGAACAGGGAGGAUGGCAGGACUGAGGCCUGAGCAAGGCCACCGCAGGGGCCCUGGGCUCCCGUGCUGGGCCCAGAGCCCAGGACACCUGGACCAGGCGGGGGUGGCUGUUGGGCACCGGGAGGCUCUGAUGGCCAGCUUGCCGCCGCCACCCACAGGGGCCAGAAUAAAGCCCCCCAGCAGACUGUGUGUGCCACCCGCACCCACACCAGGGGCGUCUUCCCUGGUGACUGUCCAGGGCUCCCCUAGGGGCCCCCGCCUACGUCACAGCCCUUCCGUCCCCAUCCAUCUGGAGUUCUGUCUGCAGCUGGGCCAGGCCUGAGUGUGGGCAGCUGGUCCUGAACUCAGAGACCACGCGUAGGGAGGGGCAGAGGGGACAGUUGGCUCUGUGUCCGGCAGGGGACACGGCCUCUGCCAGGGCCAGAGCUGGAAGGAGCCCCAUCUUACGCUUCAGCCUGGGGAGGGGAGGAGCCGCUACGGACAGAGACGGUCUCUGGACGAGAGAACGACGGAGAGAUGGGAGAGAAGGCGAGACGGAUGGGGAGAAAGCAGGAUGGAAGGGGGGGUGGAGGGAAGCAGGGGUGGGGGGCGGACAGGGACCGCAGGAGAGAAAGACGGGCCAGAGAGGGGAGGUCAUGAGAAGGACAAGGAGAGAGGACCCUGGGAGGCGGUCAGGGGAGGGAGACAGACGGAGAGAGCUGUUCCAGGCCGGCCUGGGCCCCCCCACCUCCCCCGUCCCCGGUGCCACCCCCCCACUGCCGCGUGCCGCCCCUCCUGCUGUCCUGCAGACUGGGAGCCGCAAGGGUCAGAGGGUCCCAAAGAGCCACUGGGUGCCCUGGGUGCCUGAGGAAGGACCAGGGGCCAGCUCUGCCUGCCAGACCAGCUGGGCACCCCCCUCUCCCAGGGCCACUGGACGAUGGACCUUACCCAGGGCCACAUGGCCUGGGGCAGACCCACAGCGGUCCUGGGCUGGCCGGAAGCCUUGGGUGGAGAGACCCAGGAAGGACCCCCACCACAGAGCCCCUGUCUGUCUGGGGCCCUCGUCCCACUGGGUGGGGUGGGGAGGUGGUGGGCCCGCAGCCUGGAGGGGGCCUUGGUGGAAAGCCCUGAGGCUAGGGGAGGGCUGGCCCCGAUCAGGUGAGUCCCGGGGCUGGCGCCGGAAGUGGGGGUGGGGGGAGAGAAAGGCUGCAGCACACUCUCCCGGGCCCAGUGAAGCUCCACCUGGCCGGGCCCUCCUCGCCCCAGAGCCCGCUGAAGCUCCCACCAACUUCCCACCCCUGGCAGACUGUCAGCAGCCACUCUGUGGCCGCUGCCCCGGGAAGGACUCUAGUGGCUGCAGCAUGGACCAGAGUGUCCCGUGGCAACGAGCAUCUCCAUCUGCCUCCUCCUGGUGCUGGGCCUGCCACUCAAGGGCCUGGCGCUCUGGGUGUUCGGCUGCCACCUUCCCGGGUGGACAGACACCCAUGUCGCGAAGUCAACCAGGUGGCAACUGCCUGCUGCCGCCGAGCCUGCCGGGAUCCUGCAGUCCAGGGCCAAGUGUCCAGGCCGGGAGGGCACCCCACACGGGUCCUGCAGAGUGUCCACUGGGGCAACACCUACAGGAGCAGGGGCCCCACCUACAGCCUGGCACUGGGGUCUUCUGCUCCCAGGAGGCACAGGCUCACCCGGCGGCUCUGGACGUGCUCACCUGCCCCCACCACCCUAGUUCAGUGAGAUGGCAGUAGGUGCCCAGGGCACUUCUGAUGGCCAUCGGUGGGCCUUUUACAUGGCACUGUAAGAGCAGGAGAAGGGGGCCUGGGGCCAGAGGGCAGGAAACCACACAUCAUGCAAACAGCCGUGUCCGUGGGGGACAAAGAGAAGCUGGAACCUCCAGACUGAGAGGAAACCAGAGCUUCUGGGGACAGGUGCCCUGGGGGCAGACAAGAAGAGGUGGAAAAGGGUGUGAAUCUCCAGGGUCCAGAUGUCACCUGUUGCUCAUCAUGCCCUCAUUAUAAUAAAAUGGUCAUAAAAUUAGCUAUGCAGAUAAGCAGCAGCCAUCCUACGCUGAUGCCAUGACACUUCCAAUAAAACUAAAUACCGACGAAAAUCUCUCCUCCCUUCGGGAAGGUGAAGCUGGGAUGACAAUAAGGAAUAUGACACCCAAGCCCCACUUCCCAGUGACUAUCCCGCCCGUAAAAUCAGAUGCCCCAUGUAACGGGUGCGCCCAAAACACGCAGGACAGCUGCUCGCCUCUCUGGCCGCCUCUCCUUAAAAGGUGUAUUUCUCACUUAAAAUAAAUCCUCCGUUUCCUUUCUCAAAA